CUGCUUCUGGACUGGAACCUUUGACCACGCAGUCUGUUUUUAGUUUUCGGGAAAGUAAAGAAAUCGUUAUAAUUUAUAUCGGGACUAUAAUAUGGAGGAUGGUCCAAUAAUUCCACGUUUUCUCCCGUUAAAUACUGCCUUGUUUUUUAGGCUGCGUGCGAGCUUGCAUUGUCUUGGUGGAGGAUGAUUCUUCUUUCGGGGUUGAUUUUUUGAAGCACGGUGAUGACUUUUAGCAAAC